AUGGAACAAGACAUAGCGCGAAAAUUUGCCGAAGCGAAUUCGCCAUUUACUCUAAAACAAGUUUUAGAAGACAAAAUAAUUUCUUGCAAUUUUAUUGAAUGGGUUUUACUAAGAAUUGACCUCCGUUUAGGAACGUUUGAUCCACAAACUAGUGGGACGAAUGCUGAACUGAAAUUUAACAAAAAGCUUGGAAGAACACAAAGUCUGACGCAAAAAUUAUCACUGAUUGGAUUAUGUAAAUCAACUGAAACAGACUUGAUAGAGGCGACUGCAUCUCAAAAUCGUUUAUUUCAUUUUUACACCAACUUAUUUUCGAUGUUGAAGGCUGCCCGUGCCAUCAAUGAUAAUGAUCCCUACAAAAUUUGUGAUAUGAGCAAAAUGGACGAUCUACAUAAAUCCUGUGCUUUAAUGGAUGGAUUGACGUCAAUUCCUAACGAAAUGAACAAAAUUGUUGAUAAGGAAUUCGAAUUGUUCCCGAGAGACGUAACCUUAAUGAUAGGAAGCGUAAAUGAUCAGAACAAGUGUAGUAAGGUUAAUAAUAACAAAGUGCUUCAAUCGUUAAAAGAAAGUGAAAUACGAGUACUACAAAUUUUGAAAGAUGAACUACUUCGUAUACAAGGACAAUAUCAGCAUACGGAAGAAACAAAGAUAAGCCAGCAUACUAUUCACAAAUUAUCUCGAAUUUCCGAAGAGCUUACAUCGCAAUUAGCAAAGUUUUCCAGAAUUCAUGACGUUGAAAUAGAACCCUGGAUUAAAAAGGAUUCGAUGAAAUUAAAUGAAAGAAAUAUUGCCCAAGGAUUAGGGUCACAAGCGCGUAUGGUGUAUAACAAAUUGGAUAAAUUGCGCAAAAUUCUGAAAGACCUUGAAACUAUCCAGACUGUCCAUACAUCACGUAAAGACAUCGCAUCGUGCCUUCAUGAUAUUAUGAAAACACAAGCGUCUAUGAGUGAUUCCAUCCAACCGAAUGAAAUUAUAGUUAAUAACCGGGGAGAAACUGGUUUAGAGGCAAUCACAAGAUUACAGAAUAUUGAAAAAAUGUUAAGAGAUGGUCUUCUAAGAAGAGAAAAAGAAGGGAACAUAAAAUUAUAG